UGCCACUGAGAGAGAGACACGCUUAGAGAAAGAUCUUGAUCUCGUCCCCAAACAAGGUCAUGAUCUUCCUACACCUUUCCACAUUCUAAGUUCCUUUCUUUUUCUUUCUCAUUCAACACCCAAUUUUUUUUUUUUUUUUUUUUAUCUUCAACAACACUACGGAUUAAAGAAACUUGGUAAUUAUUUUUAUCCCAAUUUGUCACAUUUUUCAUGUUGUUGCGUUGCUAAAAGGAACAAGAGAAAAACAAAAACAAAAACAAAAAGGAGAGAAAACUACCAACAUGGCCACAAGGUCAUUUUCUCAUUUUGUUGAGCAAGAAAUGGGGAAGUUCGCUCACUUUGUGAUCUAUGUGUUGCUUGAGUGGGUGUUGAUAUUCAUACUAUUUCUUGAUGGGUUUCUUGCAUUUGUGGCCAACGAGUUUGCGAGGUUCUUUGAGUUGCAAAUCCCUUGUUGGUUGUGCACCAGGUUUGAUCAUGUUUUGGUUCAUAGAAACCCUGACUUCUAUUACAAUGAGUCUGUGUGUGAGGCUCACAAGAAGGACAUGUCCUCUUUAGCUUUUUGUCACAACCACAAGAAGCUCUCUGACAUAAGGAAGAUGUGUGAGGGGUGCUUGCUUUCAUUUGCGACCGAAAAGGAAUCAGAUUGUGACACAUACAAGUCACUCGUGGGGAUUUUGCAUAAGGAUUUGGAGUGCUUUGUUCAAGAGGGCCAACCAAUUCAAUUGAGUUUGAAAGAUGAUGGGAAUAUGUUGAUUGAUAUAGGCAACAAUCAAAGGUGUUCAUGUUGUGGAGAGCCUUUGAAAGUCAAGUCCACCUACGCCAAAGUGAAACACUCGUCAUCAUUUUCAAGAGCGCCAACGUCUUCACCACGAGCUUUUCCAUUUUCAACAUCAAAAAAUGAGGACCCUCAUUCUCUAGACUUACCUCACAACAGGUACAAAGAACUCAAGUUUGUGUCAGAUCACAAUUCAGAGCUUCAAGAGUUUGAGGAAGUUAGUAGUCCGCAUCCGUGUAUUAAACCAAGGGGGGAACACACCAAAUCUGCCUCCAUGCCUAUAUUGCCAGAAGAGGAUAUGAAUGAUGACUCAAGCAAAUUAACCCCAACUUUUACAAGGGGCAAUAAGUUCUUUGGAAUCCCACUCACCGAUUCUACAAACAACAGUCCUAGAUGGACUUACAAGAUUAAUAGGAAAUCGCCACUAGAAAAGACAGAAUUUGCCUCUGAGUCUAAUGAGGUAAAUCCCCAGAAUGAUUUUGAGGAUGCCAUCUUAAGCAACUUGAAGAGGCAAGUACGUUUGGAUCGCAAAUCACUCAUGGCUUUGUACAUGGAACUAGAUGAAGAAAGAAGUGCUUCAGCUGUUGCUGCCAACAAUGCAAUGGCAAUGAUCACCCGGUUACAGGCUGAGAAGGCAGCAGUGCAAAUGGAAGCUUUGCAGUAUCAGAGAAUGAUGGAGGAGCAGGCUGAGUAUGAUGAAGAAGCCCUACAAGCAAGUAAUGACAUGCUUAUCAAAAGAGAGGAAGAGAUCAAAGCUUUGGAAGCUGAGUUGGAGGUUUAUAGAAAACAAUAUGGAGCCUUAGCAGAAGAAAUUUCCUUUAAUAGGGAAGCUAACUCUUCAUUUAGGCUCAAAGAAGGUGGGGGAGAAAAGGCUCCAAUUUCUAAUCAAGGCAUGUCACCUCAGGUAGAAAAUGGAGGGAUGAGACACAGUGAAUCAGUCAAAGAUUUUAAAGCAGAGAAAACAUAUCUUCUUGGUCGAAUUAAGAAAGUAGAACAUAGAACACCUUUUUCAGAAAGUGGAAUUUAUUCCUUACUACCUAGCUCUGACAGUAUUUGUAAUUUGGACGAUGAGACAGGAAAAGAAGGUGAAGCCUCCCUACCAAGAGAACUGUCUUUCCUUACUGAAAGGGUGAAGGCUCUAGAAGCAAACAGUGGGUUCUUAGAGCUUGUUUCCAAGGAAGAUGAGAAAGAUAGUGAAGGAACAAAAAUUUUGACAGAGAUAUCACACAAUCUAGAGAAACUAAGUCACCUUGCUUUGACCUCCUUUGAGGAUGAGAAUGCAUGAUGCCAAUUUUCUUUUAUUGUAAUUGGCUCUUUAAGUGUACUAGAGCCAAAUGAUCAUGAUUAGAAUGAAGGAAGUUGAAUUUCAUGAGGCUGAGCCUAAAAAAAGGGAAAAAAAAAAAAAAAAAAAA